AUGUCUUGUAGUCACUGGGAUCACGCAGGCGGCAACAAGAAGCUGCUGGCCGAACUCGGGACGCCGCGUUUGCAGAUUAUCGGGGGGAAGAACUGCGAGGGCGUGACCAGGACCCCCGCGCAUGAGGAGACGUUCAAGCUGGGCGAUAUCUCGGUCAGGGCCGUUCAUACGCCGUGCCACACGCAGGACAGCAUUUGCUUCUUCAUGGAGGAUGAUUCGGGCAAGGCCGUGUUUACGGGAGACACGCUCUUCAUCAGUGGAUGUGGCAAGUUCUUUGAGGGAAACGCCGCCGAAAUGCAUGAGGCAUUGAACAGGAGACUUGGCUCGUUGCCCAACGACACAGUCGUCUACCCCGGGCACGAGUACACAAAGUCCAACGUCGAGUUUGCCAUUUCCGUGCUCCAAAGCGACGCCGUCAAGAAACUGCAGGCCUUUGCAGACGCCAACCCAGUCACCACGGGCAAGUUCACCAUUGGCGACGAAAAGGCACGCACUCGGCAUACGUUUCCAUUCUGCGAACACAACGUAUUCAUGCGCGUGAAUGACCCUAUUGUUCAAAAGGCUACGGGGGCAACAGACCCCGUCGACGUCAUGGGCAAGUUGCGCGAGAUGAAGAACAACUUCAAGGCGACGCAGCCGAAGCGAAAGCCAGCAUCGUCCGCGCAAGGCACCCGGGCGCCCCAGGGCCGGCCGUCCAAACUCGCCAAAGAGCACAACAUAUCGGCCCAGGAGGAGGCCGAGAUCAAAGAAGCAUGGGGCCUCUUCGCGGAGCCUGCGGACGGCGAGAAGAACGGCGUCCUGCCCACCGGCGACGUCAAGUCCGCUCUCAUCGCGCUGGGCGUCCCGCCGACGCCCUCUGAGCUGGCCGAGUUCGUGUCGAUCCUCGACCCCGACGACGAGGGGUACGCCACGUACGAGCCCUUCUUCGCCAUUUGCGCGCUCAAGUUCCACGCGCGGGAGGCGGCCGGCGAGGGCGGCUCGGACGCCGCGCACCGGGCGCAGGUCGACGAGGCGUACCGGCUCUUCACCAACGGGACCGAGGGGCCCAUCACGCUGGCGCACCUGCGGCGGGUGGCGGCCGUGCUGAAGGAGGACGUGGACGAGGAGGUGCUCAAGGACAUGAUCCUCGAGGCGAACGGGGGCGCGGGCGUCGCGAGGGGCGUCCGCGAGGACGAGUUUGACGGCGUCAUGAGGAGCGCCGGCGUCUGGCGGUGA